AUGGAUAUGAAGAUGAUCAACGAUCUAGGAGAUGAUGUUCUUGGCCACAUAAUAUCUUUCCUUCCGACAAGAGAAGCUGCUUUCACAUGUCUUCUCUCAAAGCGGUGGCGUUAUCUGUUUUCCUUCCUAACGAAUCUCCGUUUGGAUUAUGACGAAGAAGUGUGUGGAGGAAGAGGAAAAGAUUUCGUCGGUUUUACGGAUAGAGCGUUGGCUCUGUCAGGAAAAUUCCCCACGAGGGAGAUCUCUAUAAAAUGUCGAAAGAGUAUCGAUUCGGAUCAUGUCACCGGGUGGAUCGCUAAAUCGUUGAGACGUGGUCUCUUGAAACUUGACAUAGACGUAAUCGGUGAAUAUGGUUAUUGUUAUGCAUUGCCUCCCGAGAUCUUCUUCACUUGCAAGAACUUGGUUGAGCUGAAACUAGCAAAAGGGUUUCGGGCUACACUUCCUGGAGAUGUCUCUUUUCCGUCACUUAAGAAGCUCUUUCUCGAUUAUGUUUGUUUCAAGAAUGCAGGUUUGUGUGUUUUGGGGAAGCUUCUCUCUGCUUGUCCUGUGCUUGAGGAAUUAACCGUUGUUUGUAGGAGGACUUGGCAGGUUACAAACUGCUGUCUCAACGUGUCAUCUUCGAGCCUUAAGAAACUUACUAUCGAAUGUGUUUAUGAUUCACGGGACAUGACUUUCGAUACUCCGAAUCUUGUCUACUUGGAAUACAAGGAUCAUGUUAGAAGAAACUAUCCGAUUGUGAGUCUUGAGUCCCUUGUCGAAGCUAAGCUUGAUGUCGUUUAUUAUUAUAGUGGUUGCAAUCCAACAAAUCUGAUUAAAGGGUUGAGAAAUGUUGAGCUCUUAGAGUUAUCAACUGCUGAUACUUGGAAGAUAUUCAUGGAUUGCCCUCAAGACAUCCCAGUGUUCAGCAACCUGAUUCGUUUUUCUGUUAAAGUUAAAGUCGUCCCUCUCUACCGCUACGACAAUCAUUGGGAAUUUCUGACAAUACUUGUUAAAAAAUCUCCAAACCUAGAGACUCUCGUCAUGAAGGGUCCAUUAAACGUCGAUGAACAUGAACAACUAGGUGACAGAGAUUAUGGAAUUGCAUGUCCCGUGAAAGUACUGAAGAUAACCGAGUAUGGAGGCAAAACUGGAGAGCUAGAGCGGAUGAAACAUUUCCUUCAGAAAUUGCCAUGUCUUGAGCUAGUUGAAGUUCUUGCUUAUGCAGUAAACGACGAGGAAAAGUCUCGGAUCACCCAAGAUCUGCUAAUGGUUCCUAGACCGUCCAAGUGCGAUAUCCAGAUCAUGUUUUGUGAGAAAGCAAUACCUUAG